AUGGCAGCCAAGACCAAGGCCCAAGGCAUCAUCGACGACAAUGCCGUCGCCGUCUUCUCCAAGUCUUACUGCCCGUACUGCAAGGCCACCAAGCAGCUGUUGAGCGAGCUGGGCGCAAAGGCGAACAUCCUCGAGCUCGACCAGAUCGGUACGCUUUUCCAACACGCUCCCAAACCCAAACGCUGCCCCGUCUCCACAGCAACGUGCUCGUGCUAAUGACUGUCCCGCGCAGAUGACGGUGCCGCCAUCCAAGACGCCCUCCAGGAGCUGACCGGCCAGCGCUCUGUGCCCAACAUCUUCAUUGCCAAGAAGCACAUCGGUGGUAACUCGGAGUUGCAGGCGAAGAAGAGCGAGUUGCCCAAGCUGUUGAAGGAGGCCGGCGCGGUCUGA